AUGUUGCCCCCACCACGUCCACGAAUCAAUCAAGGCUCAAGCUUCACGAAUGGUGUAAAUCGAGUCACCGACGAGUACCGAUUCUCUCGUGUCGUCCCAAAACUCUCGAAUCUAAACUUUGCUUUGACUCUUCCACAUCGUACUAUUUUUCACGAGGUAAUCCCACCGUUUCCUGGAAGCGAUUCAAUGUCGACACUUGGAAUGAGAGAUGUGGAACCUUGGUUAAAAUCUCUUCGCCUUCACAAAUACACGGCUCUUUUCCAAGAAAUGACAUACGAUCAAAUGAUGAGUCUCGACGAAAACACUCUGGAGCAGGAAAAUGUGACGAAAGGAGCAAGGAAGAAAAUUCUUCAGUCAAUCGAGAAACUCAUUCAACGUCCCGCAAUUCUCCGUGAAAACGAACAAAUGUUAUUCAUGGGUGCUGGGAAACGGUGUGUGAAUUGCGCUAUUGUGUGUCUUCUUCAAACACUCGGCACACCAAUUCAUCCAUACAGAUCGACAAAUUCCAAAUCGAUUGAUACGCCAUGUAUCAAAAUACAGGAUCAGAAUUUACCGGGAUUCUCAGCAAUGCUGCAUUUACUGCGGCUCAAAAAAGAGCAAGUUCUGGCGUGGAAAAAAGAGGCCAGAAAGUUUGUGGAACCGGCUGAAUUGAGGGGACAUCGAGUGAACACUCCACACACAACAAAAUGCGAUUCGUGUUUCACGAAAAACCAAGAGCGAACCCGUUCCGAGCAACGAACGAUCUAUCAAAAUUUGGUCAGUUUGUCCAAUUUGCCCAGUUUGCCCAAGGGUUUCUUCGAUCUGGAUUUGACUGCUCAAUACGUGGUAGCAAAUCAACAGCUAAUACUCCUGUUGAUGCAAGGACAACAAGGACUUCUUCAACAACAACAGCAAAAGGAGCAAGAAAUCCUUAACACAUGGACCAAUUACAUUAACACACUCAAUCAACCACAACCACCAGUUCGGAAUUCGAAUCAUUCUCUCUUUGGGCCUCAGCCUCAAUCAAGAUCUGGUUAUGGAUUGGGUCAAUCAUCCAUUCACAAUCAGCCUCGAUACUUCAAUGAACAGCCCUUUACACUUCCGGAGACUCGUCAAGAGAAUUCGCUCUUUUCCGAUUCUCUUCAAAUGACAAUCGGAACGUGGAAUGGAGCUGCUGCCGAAGAAGCAAAGAAAAGAUUAUAUGAGCCAUUCUCUCCUUGUGACUCAAUUUCUGGCUAUUCCUCACCGGGAAGUGAACGAGGGGGGUCGCGGGGAUCGGCUGCUUCACCCGAAAGUAUUCAUACUCAAAGCAGAGCACUACACGGCACAACACCGAAUUUUCUCACAGCUGAUAUACCGCAGGUUGACGUCAAUUGGAUCUACGGACAUGGCGCACAU